AUGAGCGAACAUAAUCCCAAGCCGCCUAGCGCGAGUCUGCUGGAUGAGGAGGGCAUUUGUAUGCUCUCCCUCGAUGGCGGCGGGGUACGCGGCCUAUCUUCACUAUAUGUCCUGAAAAGAAUCAUGGAUGGACAUAACGCCAAGAGGGAGAAAUUAAGACAAAGUCCGCAGAAGCCAGCGGAUAUCUUUGAUCUAAUUGGAGGCACGAGUACGGGCGGACUGAUCGCCAUAAUGCUUGGAAGGCUACAAAUGGACGUUGAUGAAUGCAUUUCGGCUUAUAACGACCUUAUCAAGGUGGUCUUUAGCAAAGAGGCAAGGGUCCAUCAGUCAAAGUUCAACCUUCUAGGGCAGACACAAGCUCGAUUCGAUUCCGGAGGACUCAAAGAUGCGAUAGAGAAGACUUUGAGGGAUAGAGGGCUGUCGCCAACAGAUGACAUGGUUGAUAGUCGCGAGCCUGGCUGCAAAGUUUUUGUGUGCGCCACCUCAAAACUCGACGCGGCUACAUAUCGAUUCAGAAGCUACACCAGCCAUAACAGCUUUCUCAACGCAACUAUCUGCCAAGCGGCUCGAGCUACAUCUGCCGCCACGACUUUCUUCAAUCCUGUCUCCAUCGGAGGCAUGAAAUUUGUCGACGGAGCUCUCGGGGCCAAUAACCCUGUUGACCAAGUCGAAGAAGAAGCUAGGGAGAUUUGGUGCUCAGACACUGGGAAUUUACAGCAACUAGUUAAGUGCUUCGUAUCGAUAGGAACGGGCAAACUUCCGACAUACAACAUUCACGAUCGAAUUGACAAAUUCAUAGCUACGCUGGCUAAAAUGGCAACGGAUGUCGAAAAGACAGCAGAAGCGUCGAUGAAGAGGUGGAGACAGCACCUCGAUCAGGGAAGAUACUUUCGAUUCAACGUGGACCACGGAUUGCAGACUGUAGGGAUGAAAGAGUAUAAAAAGAAAGGCGAGAUCCAGGCGGCAACUUACAAGUAUCUAAACAGUCAAGUCCAGAGUUCCUCUGUUCAGAGAUGCGUUGAGAAUCUAAUAUUGAAGAAGAAACUUACUGGGCUGGACUUUGAGCUCAGAAUCAAGGCCGCCCUCCCCCAAGAUCGACAUCAGAGAGCGGCACUGGCAGGGCUCCACGGAUCCGGCAAAACACAAAUCGCAAUUCAAUUUGCAGAAUGGGUUCAUUCAGCAUACCCCGAAUACUCUGUCUUUUGGCUGUCAGCAGACAAUCUUGAGGAGUCCUACUCACGGAUCACACAGAAGUUGGAUCUAUUUCGCCGCUAUGAACAUGAGUCCAAGUCUUCCGAUGCAAGGGUCCUUUUCCAUCGUUAUUUAUCUACAGAACAUCUUCGAAGGUGGUUCCUCAUUAUUGACGACGCUGAUACCGACAACUAUUCAUUAAACCCUAGUGCUCAGCCUAGGAGUGUUUUCAGUAAUCUUCCUGAUAGCAAGGAAGGUAAUAUCUUGUUCAUUACACAUUCGAUGAAAGCUGCAACCACUGCUGUGGGAAAUCAAGUGAACAAGGUCAUCAAAGUCGAAGGACUGGAAAACCCAGAUGCAAUCUCCAUUCUGAGACAGUCCCUGUUCAACAGGAGGCUGCUUGCAGAUGAGGACAUAGCUCAGGAGCUACUAUCUGAGCUAAAUGGCCUUCCUUUGAGUAUACAACAGGCAGCAAGGUAUCUUAACAACCAUGCCCAUCUCACGAUACACAAGUUCCUGGAUUUGUUGCGCAGCCCCAGUCAAGAUGCAUUCCCGUUCAUCUCACCAGAGUCCAACGGGUUAGGCGGAGGGAGAGAUUCCCAGGACUCCUUACUUAAGACAGCCAUGAAAUUAUUCGAGGCAAUUAAGAAAGACAACACACACGCCGGGACGCUACUUGAGUUUAUUUCUCAAAUUGGACCAUCAUCCAUCCCAAGAACAAUUCUUGCUGGUACUGGAAUCAAGGGUGGAAAGGCCGAACUCGAAGAGUCUAUCGGUACAUUGUGCAGCUUCUUUCUCUUGGCUCCAAGGCAAGGGGGGAAUAUGUUCGAUAUACCCACCGUCGUUCAUCUAUGCAUGCGAGUAUGGGUUAAACAAAAGAAAGCUUCUAAGGGCUUGACGGAAACAGUGACAAAGCGCCUCAACGAGCGUAUCCCACAGGUGGAGUGGUCGAAGCGAUUAAUUUGGAAAAAGUACGAGGCUCAUGCUAUUCGAGUCCUUACGGGAUGCCAAGACCACAACCUGAACUUCGAUGAGCGCUUUCAACUUGCGUGCAAAGUCGGAUCCUGGCUUUUACGAGAACGGAAUGUCAAAGGAGCAAUUCCAUGGCUCCAGCAAACUCUGGGUUGGGCAAGAAAGUCCUCAUUCAAAAAUACCCAGCGACGCCUGCGCAUCCAACUCGACCUUGCAGAAGCCUAUGCAGAAACAGAGCAGUCAGCAAAGGCGAUCCAGCUCACGGAAAAGGCCUCGAAAUUUCAGGAAAAGCACCUUUCAAAGGAUGACAGCAGUGCAUUGGCGGUUUCAUACGUCCUCGCAAAAGGCCAUCGUUUCAACGGUGCGCCAAAGAAAGAGAUUGAUCACUUAGAAAAGCUCAAAAAGAUUGACAAUAAAAGAAGCGCAAUGGAGAGGUUGACACUUCUGGGUGAGCUUGGGAAAUGCUACAGCUCCGCUAAAGAGUAUGAGAAGGCAAUCGAAAACCUUGAGAUGGGGAUAGACGCCGCGGGAAGCAAAAUUGCAAAGGAUGAUCCGAUUCUCAUUUUCGUCAAGAAUCAUCUUGCCUAUGCUUAUGGGCAGAGAGGUCAACACAACGAAGCCAUUUCUAUUCUAGAAGAGACCCUGCCAAUCCAGGAGCAGAUCUUAGGCAAAUCACAUUCCGAAACCCUCAUAACUCAAUCACACCUAGCCAAUCAAUACCUAGAGACCAAAGAGCUGACAAAAGCAAUUUCGAUUUUGGAGGAGCUUGUCCCUAUUCAAAGGAAGACACUUGGGCAGAUGAACAGGGAGACCAUGUGUUCUGAAAAUCAACUGGCAGAGGCAUAUUUUAACAACCAAAACGUGUAUACAGCUUUGAAGUUGUAUGAACACAUGCGUCUCGUACGUCGGAAUUUGGGUCAAAGUAAUGAGCAUAGAAAGUGGGCGGAAGCGGGUUAUGAGAAGUGUGCUGAGACCUGGAAGUGGACUUGGAUGCGUAGAUGA